AUGAACAACGACGUUUCUCGACCAACAACACCAGAAUCGCCCUUGACCAACAGCCUCCACCAUGCAACGACGACAAUCGACGACCUAACCACUGCUUUGACCAAUUUCUCGCGUGUGCCGUCCCCCGAACCUCCAUCUACUCUUACGUGCUGCUGUGGCAAAGAAGAUUGCGAGAAUGUGGUGUCUUGGCUUGCUAUGAAAUCUCGCCUCGAGAGCAGGUUGAUUCUUAGUGCAGAGGUGGGACAGGCCUUGCUCCAGCGGCACGAGGCAUACGUGCGCCAGCUUGAGAAGGGGGCUGGGCGGACGCGAUGUACUUCCAACCGGAGAGAGGCCAGUGACCCCGACGGCGAAGUAACGAAGAAGGAUGUGAAAGAGGAUGAUCUAGAGUCGCGCCUAGAGGAUUCUGCGAGGGAGAAGGCACAGUUGGAAAAGGUGAACAGGACCGUCCACAUGAAUCUCCCUCAUCUUAACGUACAUCUCGGACAGCGCCUAAACCAAGCGUUGGUCAACAAUGAAGUCACUGAAAUAUCCAACAAGACAAUCCUUCAGGAAUUACAAGACGCGCGCGAAACAAUAUCUCGUCUAACGGCACACCAUGCUCGUUCCAUAGGCUGGGACACUCGUUUGUCGGCAGCCAUGAAGGAGAGGGAGGACAUGCAGCAGGAGCGAGAUAGUGAAACGCAUAGGGCUCGACUGGCGGAGUCUAGGUUCGCAGCGUUGAAAGACAAGACGAAUAAGUUACAAGCAGAGGUUAGGCGUCUUCAAGAUUCUUUGGAAGAGAAAAGACUCCAUCGUUUGGAGUCUUCAGAAUCAAUUAUCCAGGAUGCACGUUCGAGAAUUGAGUCCGUCCGUAAAUCACAAGUCGGUGUUACCGCAAUGGCCCAAGAAGACGAGCUUACCAAAGUCCUAGAAUCUCUGGUUAACGAUAGUGAGACUUUGAAGCGGGAUAACGCAGAGUUGCAACGUUUGCUCACGGAGUCACGCGAGGAUUUACACGCGCUACAGGAGGAAGUUGAUGAACAACGCGCAAAUCCUCCUCCUUCACCACGUCCAGCUGGUAAAGUGAUACAAUUCUUUGAAUUGUAUAUGUUGCUAAGAAUAGGCACAGUCAACCCAUCCCAUACAAGACACUUUUCGUCGAGUAGCUUAUCGUCGAUAAAGGUCAAAGAUCUUCCAGUGUUCGGUUUUAGUAGACGGAAUCCAGGAUCCGACCAUGGCAUGCGUAUUAAUAUCGAACCCCCGCCCUCCCCAGCGCGCUCCGUGGCACCCUCUGAUUCGAAGCGGACAUCUUUUAGUCAGCAUUCGCCACUCUAUGCUUCCUCUCACGUUGGCUAUGAGAUAGAAGAGGACGCGGAGAACGGCAACGAUGCCUCUGAGCUCGAGAAGACAAAAGGUCAUAAACCCCUACUUCUUCUGGCUCGUUCGCGUGGAGUACAGACGGAUCCGUGCCCAGAACGACUAACACCCUUGUCUCUGUCAUCUCAUCUACCAUCUCCAUCUGAUCCACGGUCAGAAUCAUCCUCCUACUCAGAGUCAGUUUCAUCCCACGUUUCGAUACUCCUCGAACGUAUAGUCGCUCUCCUGAACCGCAUGGCACAGGCGGAUGCUCUCACCUUGACAAACCGUCUCAAACGGCAGCAUCUCAGAGGGGCUGAUGUUGGGCACCUCUCUCGCAGUACUGUUAGUAACAUCCUUUCAGAAGUAAAUGGCCUCCGAACCCAGUUCAGGUUCCUGUUAGAGGACGAUAAGGUAAUGGCGACAUUUCUACGAAAGGAUUUGCGCGUGCUUUUCAAGAUCUUCAAAGACACUUUCACGGAGUUGGGUCAGAUGAGGGUCACUCUGAAUGACGUUAUUCUCGAUCCUUCCACUGCCACGAAGAUUAGCGAAUUGGCCUUGAAUCCGUCCAAAGUUCAAGCCGAGGUGGCAGAAAGAGGUCGUGAGAACGCGGCUCAUGGUGGACCGAGCUGGAUGGCUCCAAUCUCCAAACUCUUUUCUCAGCCAGGACGUGGAGAGGCCAUUGCCCCUCCAAUGUCCCGUUCAACAAGUGGAAGAGCAAGCUCUCGACCGCGAUUCGCGCCCAAGCUUGGACCUGCACUUGCCGCUUCCACCACGACGGUGAAUGUGGAGUUCUCAGGGAUUGGUGUGGGCAGGCCUAUCACCAGCACUGUUCCUCCUGUUCCGGUGUUGCCGCAGGUACACACCGAGCUCCCUUCUGAAUCCUCUUCGGCACUUCCUUCAAGUGUUUCUGCUGGUGUAAUGGGGAUAUUUGCCGGUGCACCUCGACCUGCGCCACCUCAAGCUGAUCCAUGGGUUGUAGUACCCAAAGGACCACAGAGAGCUCAGUCGUCUAUGAAUUCGGUGAAUUUGUCAGCGUCGACGUCUACCAUCGGGCGAUCCACUGGGCGGAGAAAUGCCAAUAGACUCUCGAGAAACGUCGAUGCUAUUAUUGAUGUUGAACACCCUCAAAUGGAGUCGGAUGAAGAGGCGGAUACGCUACCACCUCUCAUGGGACGAACGCUUCAUCGUCGUGGAUUGUCAGAUUCAUCUAUACAUUCGACAUUUACCAGUCACGCUGAGGAAUUACCAUCAUCACCCAACGCGUCUUCAAGAGAUGCAAAUACCUCCAUCCAUUGGCCUGAUCGAAACACGGUGUUUCAGGCGUUGAGCAGGACAGUUCAUAAUUUCCGUAUGACUGCGUCUGGGACAAUGGCUACCAUUGGUUCUGGAUCUUCGCCCUCGAUAUCGGAAGUGUCCUCGCCACAGAAACCUGUCCAGGCGACCUUUCAAACACCCAAGAAGGCUGUGGUGUCGUCGUUGGCGCGUCCGAUCAGUCCGAGUAUGGCGAAUCUGAUACCCAAUAUUAAUCUUUCGUCGUGGGCGGCGUCGACUUUUGAUACUGCUUCUCCACCGACGUUGGAUCCGUUCGUUGUUGGGAGUUUGAGAGAGGAGACGCUCAUUCAUAGGUCGAAGGGAGCUGAUUCGCGUGGACAUGGACAUGAUCGUGAUUUUGUAUGA